CGCCCAGAUACAUUCAACACAAGUCAAAUAAGCUUCAAGAUGUCUCUCAAAGCUCUAACUCUGCCAAAGUCGCUGUCCGACCCAAGUCAAUGGGACAAACUCGUGGACCAGUCCAAAAAUUUCCGCCUGCUUUCUCUGCAACAAUCCCCCGAGUCUUUCAGCUCAAACUAUGCUCGCGAAGCGAAUUUCACGAAGGACACGUGGGAAGCCCGUCUAAGCAACCCACUUGCAUCGAGCAUCAUCAUCGUCUUCGACCCAAACCCAGGCACAGUUGACGACCUCUCACUGAUUCUGAACCAACCAUGGCUCGCAUCGCUUAUUCUCUACGGCCCACUCGAAGCCAAGACAGCAGCCAAAACAUGGGAAGAUCGGCAGAAAUUCGAAUCUGGAAGUCUUUACUUUGGUCCGAUUGCAGAUGAGAUCGAGUCGGCUUACGUCCUGAACGCGAUUUACGUUCCUCCGUCUCAGAGGCGCAAGGGCUUGGCGAACAAGCUGAUUGAAUAUGCCAAGGAACUCGCAGCAAGGCAAAAUGAGGGCAAAAAGGUUAUGCUGGUUCUUCUGGUCAAUUUCAACUCUGUCGCGGCUAUGAAAUGCUACGAGAAGUCGGGAUUUGAAGUCGUGCACGAUUACUGGUUCGAUGAUCCAAAUGCUUCUGGAACAACUCGAGGUCAUGCAGCUGUAAUGAGAUUGGAUGUCGGCGGGAAUGGUUCUUGAGGCUAGAAGAAUUCUUCCGUGGAGUAAAUCGUUCCAUUUCUUCAGUUCAGUCCCUGGAAUGCAGCUCCAUUUUGGCUAUACGAGGGGAGGAAUGCCGAGAUAAAUUGAAUGAACAAUCCGGCGCUAUUAAGAAUCGCCAAGUGACAGUCAAGUUUCUAGCCACAGUGGCUUAUUCAAAGAUUGAAUAUCCUCUCGUCUAGCGAUCAUAUUCAAAUAUGCCUCGUGUUGGAUUGUCACGCAAGCGGUCAGAUUUAACGUUCGGGACCUCCGGAUCCAGCCAAUUUUUGAGGUAACCAGCCACCGAUCGUGGCGCUCACCUUUUGCAACGUUGUACCGCAUUUGCCAAAGCGCGGUUUUGAUUGGUAUUUUUAGAUGUUAACUACUGCUAAAAUACGGCUGUGCCUUGCGUCAAAAUGCUUCCAUCUAGUGAUGUUGAGAAUAGCUUCACUUCUUUGACCUCACAAAAGAAUGCGGAAUUGGCCGUUGAGCUAAUGAUGGUGAUGCUCACGGUUAGGCGGGAACAAGCGGGGUUACAGACGGCAGCACGGGUACGCGGAUGCCAGGAUGGCCCCGAGCUAUUGAUCACUAGACCAUGAGGCUGAGAAUCACCUGAACCUCUUCCUCAACCAACGAAGUCAUCAUGCAUUUCCCCUCACUACAGCCUUGUCUCGGUGGAACUUGUGAAUAUCCAACGUCCCAUCGCAUCAACUCACGCUAUGAUUGACGCGCGAGUGAACAAUCGGGUUACAUGCAUAAACGUCGUGAUGUCUUCAUCAGGAAGGUCUAUGCUGAUUAAAGCACGAGAACUGCUUGAAUCAGCAUGUGGAAGCGGGGAAGUCGAUAUACGGUCAGACAUGCAUGUUCUGUCGAUGAUGCCGGGUCCGAGUGGUGAUGCAUGCAUCAAGGGCCCUGUUCUCCAUGGCGAUGCAUGGUUCAAGCGGGGUAUAGCACCUCAUGACGGAUCAGCUGAGCCCGCGAUGGAAGCUUACUUCUCUCUCUCUUGGCAGAAUCAUGAGCUUUAUUGAGUGAUAAAUCGAUGUAUGAAUUGCCAUCUCAAUGACAUCAAAUCAGUUGGUUAACUGCGUGCUCAAAUAAAGAUCCUCGAGAUCUUCAAGUCUCCGAAACAAUAGGCCUGCAGAUUGUCGUUCAUCUGUGGAGAGCUGAUAACGAUCAGCGGGGUAGAGCUUUGACAUGUUCUCGGUCUAGGGUCGACAUGCAGAGAAGAAUGGAGAAGUAAAAGUCGGUUAGAGCGGCGGUACAAGAAAAGAAGAACAGGCGGGUCAUAGUCAUCCCUAUCGUAACCUUCUUUUACGGAUACAGCUGUUUUGCAGCCUCCCAUUUUCUUAGCCGCCGUCUGUCUUGAUAGCGUCUCGUAUUUGGGGAGGUUGGCCGUUUAGCCUGGACAUUUACGGGAGUAGACUAGCCGACCUUACGACAGAGUAUCAUACGAAAAUACCACGAGCAGAGAAGAAAUGAUUAAAUUAUUGUUACAGUGAGUCAAUUGACUUCUGAUGAUUGACCUGACGUCAGCAACAGGGAAUUACCUCCUCUGCUGACAAUCCGCAUGCUUUAGUUCAAAGUCCCUGGACGCAUAUCGCACACAGCCCGCUCACCCACGAUGUCGAGCUAAGCAAGCAGCCCACCCACGAUCUAGACCCUUGCCCUCCCUAGCGCAAAAAAAAUGGCCGGUCGGGAGUUCGUAUCAGUGGUUGGUAAGGCCAAGACCUCAGCAAGCCACGCCAACUACUGCACUACCCAACGGAUCUGGAAAAGCCUUUGUCUCAUAGCAGUUCCCUCUCGCCGUUUAUUCCACUGCAGCAACUCAACUCAUGCAGGGUUCUGUCCGUGCUAUUGGUGAUCUGACGCAAGGGGUGUGGAGAUCCCUGCCGUUGGUGGCCUAUCCCUGGUUGCUUAGUCGACGCUAGCACCGCGAUACGAGCCAUCGUCUGAUCGAUAUAGACCGAGGCUUUUUUGACAGGGGAGGUUGGGAGGACUCUUGGCUGUAGAGAAGCAGACUAUUAAACCAGCCUUCACCAAUUGACAAUCGAACUCGAAAAUCUAACUACUAUAUUAACGUGCGUGAGAACAUUAAAAACAUCUCAUCUCAUCCUCACUCAUCAAUUCUUUUUUGGAUAAUUGUGCAUUACUGACAAGCCAUCUUUCUGUUGUACCUCGUCACACGGACACUAGCAAGUAUGUUCGCCAAAGCCAUCGCAGCCCUCGCCCUCGCGGCACCUCUUGUCUCAGCCCAGACUUUCACAAAGUGUAACCCCCUGACAGCCACAUGUCCUGCCGACCCUGCUUUUGGAAGGGACACUGUCCACUGUGACUUUACAAAGGGUGCAUGUGAAGCUUUCGCAGAGGAUGCCGGUACUACCCUGGAACACAACGAGAAUGGUGCUGUCUUUACAAUUUCGGGACCUAACCAGGCUCCUACAAUUGCGACGGGCAAGUACAUCUUUUUCGGCCGCGUGGAUGUCGAGGUGCAAGCCUCAACUGGUGUAGGCAUCUGCACUAGUGCUGUUCUUCAAUCUGAUGACCUUGAUGAGAUUGAUUGGGAGUGGCUUGGAGGCGAUAACGCUCAAGUUCAGUCAAAUUAUUUCAGCAAGGGAGAUGUUUCAACAUACGACCGCGGUGAAUUCCAUCCCGUCGCCAACCCUACAGGCCAAUUCCAUCUCUACUCCAUCGAGUGGACUCCCUCCGCCAUCAACUGGAUGAUCGACGACCAAGUCGUCCGAACCCUUCCCUAUACCGACGCUACUGGUCCCAAUGGCUAUCCCCAGUCCCCCAUGCAGAUCAAGCUCGGAACAUGGACUGCUGGUUCUCCCGAUGCUGCCCCUGGUACCAUUACCUGGGCUGGUGGUCUUGCCGACUACUCUCAGGGUCCCUUCAACGCUUACUACAAGAGCAUUUCCAUUGUUGACUAUGCUGGUGGUGAUGCUCCUACAACAGCGAGUGUGCGCGAGUAUAUUUACGGUGACCAGAGUGGAAGCUGGAAGAGCAUUCAGCAGAUCAAGUAAAAUGUGUUGGUGAUUUAAAAUGAAUAAAGAGAUGGGGCUUUAAUGAGGGUUUAAUGAAAGAGGGGGGAAUACCAUGGUUUAUGAGCAUUUCAGCAUUUUAUAGACGAUAAAUAUAAUUAUGAUCAUUUCAACGAA